AGCAGGACUCAGGAGGCUUAUUUGACUUUGGUGGUCCCAAAUCUCAGUCUACCCCUUCAAAACCUGAAGAGUCUGUGUCUGGGAAGAUGUUUGGCUUUGGCUCCUCCAUAUUCAGCUCCACAUCCACUUUGAUCACCUCAGCUGUUCAGGAUGAGCCCCGCAUCAUAUUACCAGCUUCCCCCAAGGUGUCUGCACCGGCCUCUCCCAAGAUGCCGCCUACAAAGGAGAUAAAACCACUUGCUGUUCCGAAUGCAGAAAAGAAAGCAGAGCAACCCCAGCAGGCCAAGAUCCCCCCAUCAGUACAGGCCAAAGUGGACAAACCCCCAUCAGAACCUCAAAAGGGAGCAGCAUCCUCCCAACCAGCUCCCAAAGCACACCAGUCCACUUGUCCACUCUGCAAGGUGGAACUCAACAUGGGAUCCAAGGACCCUCCCAACUACAACACCUGCACUGUAUGCAAGAACACUGUUUGCAACCUCUGUGGAUUCAAGCUCAUGCCGAAUGUUACAGAGGUGAAGGAGUGGCUGUGUCUGAACUGUCAGAUGCAGAGAGCACUAGGAGGAAUGGAAUCUCCUGGACCUCCCAUGAUGAAACCCUCGCCAAGCAAAGUCUCCACAUCUGCUGCUCCUCAAAAAUACACUGUCGCACCUGUUACAACUCGAAAUGAGACUCCCACACCAGCUGGUCAACAAAAAGCGGCUCCUACACCAGUCUCACCCAGAAAAGAGCAAGUGACUUCAGCCUCUCAGCCCGCUCCCUCAAAGCCGACAGAGUCAGUGUCCGGGAAGAUGUUUGGUUUUGGUUCCUCUAUCUUCAGCUCUGCAUCCACUUUGAUCACCUCAACUGUUCAGGAUGAGCCCCGCACCACACCGCCAGCUUCUCCCAAGUUUGCUGUACCUGUUGGACCUAAACAGAAGGAGACUCCCAGACCUGCUGGUCCCAAAAAAGUGGGCCAUAAAACAGCCUCACCCAAAAAGGUGUCAAUGACUCCUGCUUCAGAGAAAGACAACAAGACCCCAGCACCAGGCUCACCACAGAAGGAGGCAUCUCCAGCAAUGGCUUCACAGCAGGACCAGAAGCCAGUGGACAAACCAACUACAACCCUUGUCCAACAACCUAGACAGCAGAAGACUCCACAACAACAAGGCCAGCCUCCUCGGCCCCUAGCAACGACACUGAAAGCAGAGCCUUCGAAGCCUCAGCAACAGCUUCCAAAAGGUGGAGCCUCUAAUGCCAAAACUGUACCACCACCACAGUCCCAGCCCCCCAAGCAGGAGUCAGGAGGCUUCUUUGGCUUUCGUGGUGCUAAAUCUCAGCCUGCUCAGUCAAAGCCUGAAGAUUCUGUGUCUGGGAAGAUGUUUGGCUUUGGCACCUCUAUCUUUAGCUCUGCAUCUACUUUUAUCACCUCAGCUGUUCAGGAUGAGCCCCACACCACACCUCUAGCUUCCCCCAAGGUGUCUGCCCCUGUUGCACCUCAACAGAAGGAGACUCCCAGACCAGCUGGUCCCCAACAAGUGGCCCCUACAACAGCCUCACCCAAAAAGGAGUCAAUGCCUUCUGCUAUAUUGAAAGAGACCCCAGCACCAGGCUCAUCACAGAAGGAGGUAUCCCCGACAGUGGUUUACCAGCAGGACCAGAAGCCAGUGGAAAAACUGACUCCAACACUUGUCCAACAACCUCCACAACAGAAGACUCCACAACAACAAGAACAGCCUCAGCAGCACUCAGCAGGGGCACUAAAAUCAGAGCCUGAUAUAUCAAUAAUUGAAGCUGCUAAAGCAGCAUACACUCAAAAACCGGUAAGCCCAGUUCCUACUCAGAAGGCUCCACUGGAGAAUCGGAGAACAUCAGAACCUCAUAAACCACCACAGCAGCUUAGCCCUGGGCGUAGGCAGAGUAGUGUCAUUCCAGCCACACAGCAACCCACUAAGGAGGAGUCAGGAGGCUUAUUUGGCUUUGCAGGUCCCAAAUCUCAGUCUGCCUCCUCAAAGCCUGAAGAGUCCGUGUCUGGGAAGAUGUUUGGCUUUGGCUCCUCCAUCUUCAGCUCUGCAUCCACUUUGAUAACCUCUGGUGUUCAGUAUGAGCCCCGCACCACACCGCCAGCUUCCCCCAAGAUGUCUGCACUGGCCCAGAUGUCUCCCAAGAUGCCCCCUGCAAAAGAGACUAACCCACCUGCUGCUCAAAAAAUAAAGCAACCCCAGCAGGUCAAGGUUCCCCCAUCAGUACAGGCCAAAGUGGACAAACCCCCAUCAGAGCCUCCACAGGUAGUAGCAUCCUCCCAUCGAGCUCCCAAAGCAGGCCAGUCCACCUGUCCACUUUGCAAGGUGGAAUUCAACAAGGGCUCUAAGGACCCUCCCAACUAUAAUACCUGCACGGAGUGCAAGAACACUGUCUGCAACCUCUGUGGAUUUAACCCCAUGCCACAUGAAACAGUAAAGGAAUGGCUCUGUCUGACCUGCCAGAUGCAGAGAGCACUUGGAGCAAUGGAACCCCCAGGACCUCCCAUGAUGAAAUCCCAACCCUUGCCCAGCAUAGUCUCUACACCUGUUGCACUUCAAAAGGAGAAUGUCACACCUGCUGCAUCUCAAAAGCCGACCCCAGCUCCAGCUAAACCCCAGAAGGAGGAGAUCCCUGUACCUGCGGCUGGCCAAAAAGAGAUCACUACACCCAGUGUGCCUCAGGAGACACCAAUUCCCGCUGGUACCCCAGCACCAAAUGCAGACAAAAAGGAGGAGACCCCACCACUAGGAUCCACACAAAAUAAACAGGCUUCACCUGCUGUGGCUGAGAAGGAGAAUGAAGAACCUAGAAUUGUACAGAAACCAGUGGACCAACCAAUUCCAGCCACACCCAAAACCAGUGGAGCUGUUGCAACUGUACAGCAGCAAGAAAAGCAAACUCCUGCUACAAAGGCAUCACAACAAGUACAGCCCCAGCAAGCUCCAAUGCCAGACCUCGAAACUGCUCCCCUAAAGGAGCCAAUGACUCCUGCUUCAGAGAAAGAGAAGAAGAACCUAGCACCAGGGUCACCACAGAAGGAGGUAUUUCCGGCAGUGGCUUCACAGCAGGACAAAACGCCAGUGGACAAAUCAACUCCAACCCCUGUCCAACAUCCUCCACACCAAGAGACUCCACAACAACAAGAGCAACAACCUCAGCCUCUAGCAGGGAAACCGAAAGGAGAGCCCGGGAAGCCUCAACAACAGCUUCCAAAAGGUGGAGCCUCUCAUGCAAAAUCUGUACCACCACCACAGGCCCAGCCCACCAAGCAGGAGUCAGGAGGCUUCUUUGGCUUUGGUGGUGCUAAAUCUCAGCCUGCUCAGUCAAAGCCUGAAGACUCAGUGUCUGGGAAGUUGCUUGGCUUUGGCUCCUCUAUCUUCAGCUCGGCAUCCACUUUGAUCACCUCAGCUGUUCAGGAUGAGCACCGCACCACACCUCCAGCUUCCCCCAAGGUGUCUAUGACUCCUGCUUUAGUGAAAGAGACCCCAGCACCAGGCUCGUCACAGAAGAAGGAGGUAUCCCCGACAGUUGUUUGCCAGCAGGACCAGAAAUCAGUGGACAAACCGACUCCAACAGUAGUCCAACAACCUCCACAACAGAAGACUCUACAACAACAAGUUCAGCCUCCACAGCCCUCAGCAGAGGCUGCAAAAUCAGAGCCUGAUAUAUCAAUAAUUGAAGCUGCUAAAGCAGCAGACACUCAAAAUCCGGCAAGCCCAGUGCCUGCUCAGAAGGCUCCACUGGAGAACCGGAGAACAUCAGAACCUCAUAAACCACCACAGCAGCCCAUCCCUGGGCGUGGGAGACUCUGCCUCCACUUUGAUAACCUCAGUUGUUCAGGACGAGCCCCGCACCACACCGCCAGCUUCCCCCAAGAUAUCUGCACUGGCCCAGACGUCUCCCAAGAUGCCUCCUGCAAACGAGACAAAACUACCUGCUGCUCAGAAAGCAGAGGAGAAGAAAGCAGCGCAACCCCAGAAGGCCAAUAUCCCCCAUCAGUACAUGCCAAAGUGGACAAACCCCCAUCAGAGCCUCCAAAGGGAGCAGCAUCCUCCCAACCAGCUCCCAAAGCAGGCCAAUCUACCUGUCCACUCUGCAAGGUGGAACUCAACAAGGGCUCCAAGGACCCUCCCAACUACAACACCUGCACAGAAUGCAAGAACACUGUCUGCAACCUCUGUGGAUUUAACCCCAUGCCACAUGAAACUGUAAAGGAAUGGCUCUGUCUGACCUGCCAGAUGCAGAGAGCACUUGGAGCAAUGGAACCCCCAGGACCUCCCAUGAUGAAAUCCCAACCCUUGCCCAGCAUAGUCUCUACACCUGUUGCACUUCAAAAGGAGAAUGUCACACCUGCUGCAUCUCAAAAGCCGACCCCAGCUCCAGCUAAACCCCAGAAGGAGGAGAUCCCUGUACCUGCGGCUGGCCAAAAAGAGAUCACUACACCCAGUGUGCCUCAGGAGACACCAAUUCCCGCUGGUACCCCAGCACCAAAUGCAGACAAAAAGGAGGAGACCCCACCACUAGGAUCCACACAAAAUAAACAGGCUUCACCUGCUGUGGCUGAGAAGGAGAAUGAAGAACCUAGAAUUGUACAGAAACCAGUGGACCAACCAAUUCCAGCCACACCCAAAACCAGUGGAGCUGUUGCAACUGUACAGCAGCAAGAAAAGCAAACUCCUGCUACAAAGGCAUCACAACAAGUACAGCCCCAGCAAGCUCCAAUGCCAGACCUCGAAACUGCUCCCCUAAAGGAGCCAAUGACUCCUGCUUCAGAGAAAGAGAAGAAGAACCUAGCACCAGGGUCACCACAGAAGGAGGUAUUUCCGGCAGUGGCUUCACAGCAGGACAAAACGCCAGUGGACAAAUCAACUCCAACCCCUGUCCAACAUCCUCCACACCAAGAGACUCCACAACAACAAGAGCAACAACCUCAGCCUCUAGCAGGGACACCGAAAGGAGAGCCCGGGAAGCCUCAACAACAGCUUCCAAAAGGUGGAGCCUCUCAUGCAAAAUCUGUACCACCACCACAGGCCCAGCCCACCAAGCAGGAGUCAGGAGGCUUCUUUGGCUUUGGUGGUGCUAAAUCUCAGCCUGCUCAGUCAAAGCCUGAAGACUCAGUGUCUGGGAAGAUGCUUGGCUUUGGCUCCUCUAUCUUCAGCUCGGCAUCCACUUUGAUCACCUCAGCUGUUCAGGAUGAGCACCGCACCACACCUCCAGCUUCCCCCAAGGUGUCUAUGACUCCUGCUUUAGUGAAAGAGACCCCAGCACCAGGCUCGUCACAGAAGAAGGAGGUAUCCCCGACAGUGGUUUGCCAGCAGGACCAGAAGUCAGUGGACAAACCGACUCCAACAGUAGUCCAACAACCUCCACAACAGAAGACUCUACAACAACAAGGACAGCCUCCGCAGCCCUCAGCAGAGGCUGCAAAAUCAGAGCCUGAUAUAUCAAUAAUUGAAGCUGCUAAAGCAGCAGACACUCAAAAUCCGGCAAGCCCAGUGCCUGCUCAGAAGGCUCCACUGGAGAACCGGAGAACAUCAGAACCUCAUAAACCACCACAGCAGCCCAUCCCUGGGCGUAGGGAGAGUAGUGCCUUCCCAGCCACAAAGCAACCCCCAAGCAGGAAUCAGGAGGCUUAUUUGGCUUUGGAGCUCUGCCUCCACUUUGAUAACCUCAGUUGUUCAGGACGAGCCCCGCACCACACCGCCAGCUUCCCCAAGAUAUCUGCACUGGCCCAGACCUCUCCCAAGAUGCCUCCUGCAAAUGAGACAAAACUACCUGCUGCUCAGAAAGCAGAGGAGAAGAAAGCAGCGCAACCCCAGAAGGCCAAUAUCCCCCAUCAGUACAUGCCAAAGUGGACAAACCCCCAUCAGCGCCUCCAAAGGGAGCAGCAUCCUCCCAACCAGCUCCCAAAGCAGGCCAAUCUACCUGUCCACUCUGCAAGAACAAUUGGUUAA